CAAAAUGGCGGGACGUGUACAGACAAAGUUAACGCUUUCAUGUGUGCAUGUAAGCUAGGAUAUGCUGGAGUUAUAUGUCAAACAGAUAUUGAUGAAUGUGCGUCGAACCCUUGUGAAAAUGGCGGACGUUGUAAAGAUUACGUAAACAAAUACGCUUGCUCAUGUGUACCUGGGUAUCUUGGAUCUAACUGCCAGACAGACUAUGACGAAUGCCAGUCAAAUCCAUGUAUGAAUACGGGAUACUGCAAAAACUUAAUCAACAGCUAUAGUUGUGACUGUACAGGUAGAUACGAAGGUGAUAUCUGUCAAACAGAUUGUAGACCUGGACCGGCAGAUAUCGUAUUCAUUGUUGACACGUCUUCUAGUUUAGAAACAAGUGUCAACAGUAGUCUUGUUUUCAUUACUGAAUUUAUUAAAAGAAUACCAAUUGGUCCAGAUGACUUUCAAGUGGGUGUUAUCACAUAUAAUUUUGAAACUAAUGUAAUUUUCGAUCUUGAUGAUCACAAUACUUCAUUGGGUAUGAUUGCCGAACUGCAGCAUAUCAAAGGGGAAGAUGCUGCCACACAUACCUUGUCAGCAUUGCAAAAAGCAAAAGAGAUGAUAACUAACAGUUCUAUGGGAGCACGUAGGACUUCUAGCUACAUGAUAUUACUCUACGAUGGUUUAUCUACUGAUAGGAAUAAUGCUAUAAAUGAGGCUAAGUUAAUAAACUCCAUAGGUGGACGUAUCAUCACUGCUGCUGUUGGACAAUCUAUAUCAUACUCAGAGUUGUUAUCGAUUUCACAGAAACAAUACUACACCUUUAGCACAUCUUUUUUAGAUGAUAUGCUGAAUUAUAUUUUAAAGGAAACUGUUCCAGAUAAUUGCACAGACUGUUUUUUGGUAACAAGAUCAGAGGUCAUUCUCCUGCUAGAUACAAACAAGAACCAAACAAAAGAAGAGUAUAACCUGCGACUAACAGCAAUACGGCGAACAAUAGAACAAAUAUCAACUUACAAUCCAAAUGCAGAUAUUGGCAUGUUUUCAUAUUCCGACGAAGUCGAACAAGUUUUUAAUUUAUCGUGGUCUUCUGAUAUAGAUGAAUUGAUUGCCGCUGCAUUGCAGGUAAAGGUUGAUAAAUUGAAUACAAUUUCAAACCUGAGCCAUGCAUUAAAUCAUAUACGGGAAGGUGACUUAUUUAAAACAUCACGAAAAAUUAUUGUGUUAUUCUCUAACGCAAAUUGGAAUAAUUUAGAUGAAAUAGGCAUGGAAGUUAAAUUGUUAAAACAACAAGGCAUCCAUACCUUUGGUGUAGUAGCAGGCGAGGAUUGUAACGUUGAAAACCUUGCUGGUGUUUUGAACGACCCUAGUUAUAUUUUUGAUGUUGAAGAUGACGGCUACACGUCAUUACAGUCACUUGCAGCAAUAACAAAAUAUCAUAAUUGUACUGAUAACAUUUUUAUUCACCGCCAGUAAACCGUCACAUGUGUAUACGCAAAAUACAUUGAAAUGCUGUAUCAAUUUCAGAAACAUGCUGAUUAUGCUGAUUUUAGCUAUUAUUUUAAUUCUUGAACUGUUCAUAUAAUACAUCUAAAAUAAGCCCUUAUUGUCAGUAUGUAUGGGGUAAACUUUUUACUUUUUUUAUUUCCCCCUUUUCAAAUAAGAAAAAUAAACAGAUAGACACAUACA